GUGAAAGGUAAGAGAAACUUCCAGUCAGGACGAAUGUAGGGGGGACAACUGUGCCUGAACGCCAGUACAGUACUUGCAAAACAAAGCGACAAGAAGAAGACGCUGCGCGCCUGAAGGACCGUAAAGAGUUUCGGGAUAUGUUGUCACUCUUUGCCAGGUCCGCUCUCUCAACAUACAGGGGAUCCGGGCCCUGCAGCCAAACAGUCAUCCGGGCCAUGUCGUCGUCCGGCGGUACCACCGCCCCGUACACCACCCUGGCCAUCAGCUGUCCAGCACAGGCGGUCACACAUGUGGAACUCCACCGUCCCAACAAGCGCAAUGCCAUGAACAAAGCUUUCUGGAGUGAGAUGGUGGACUGUUUUAACGAGAUCUCGGGUGACCCAGACUGCAGAGUGGUGGUGGUCUCUGCCGCAGGGAAGGUCUUCACAGCAGGAAUUGAUCUGGUGGACAUGGCUGCUGACGUGCUGCAGCCCGACGGCGACGACACGGCCCGGAUUUCUUGGAACCUCAGAAAGACCAUCAGCAAGUAUCAGGACACGUUCUCAGUCAUCGAGAGGUGUCCAAAGCCAGUCGUGGUAGCUGUCCAUGGAGCCUGUGUGGGAGGAGGUGUGGACCUGAUUACCGCCUGUGACAUCCGCCUAUGCACCCAGGAUGCCUGGUUCCAAGUCAAGGAAGUGGACAUCGGGCUGGCGGCGGACGUCGGAACCCUGCAAAGGCUCCCAAAAGUCAUCGGCAGCCGCAGCCUGGUGAACGAGCUGGCUCUGACGGCGCGGAAGAUGUACGCCGACGAGGCCCUGAACAGCGGACUCGUCAGCCGAGUGUUUGCAGACAAGGAGGCCAUGAUGGCAGGCGCGCUGGAGAUGGCCGGGGAGGUGGCCGCCCGCAGCCCUGUGGCCGUGCAGGGCACCAAAGUCAACUUGAUCUACUCCCGAGACCACAGUGUAUCGGAGGGACUCAACUACAUGGCUACGUGGAACAUGAGCAUGCUUCAGACUCAAGAUGUGAUGAAAUCCGCUCAGGCCUCCAUGGAAAAGAAGAGUAUCAAAAGUGUAACGUUCUCCAAACUCUGAAUAGAGCUCAGUACGUCCACCGAACAAGCUCUUCUUUCCGGAACAGUAUUUCUCAAACUAGGGUCUCCGGACUGGCUUUAAAGGGAUGUCCAAAGAGCCAACAUCAUUACUAAACUAAAAAAAAAAAAAAAUUGUGUGUGCACAAUCUCAUGAAUCAUGUGACUUGGUGCUCAUUUUCUUUAACCAGUUUGUAAAUGUUGCAUAAUUAAGCUGAAAAGUGCACUUCUGGCAAACGACAGCCAAAUUCAGUGGCCUGACUUUGCAAUCGAGUCUAUCUUUAUCAUUGUAAAAUACAUAUGUACAUGAAUGUUUAUAUUAAUCUCUUAAACGCUUCUGAAAGUUCAGAGACUUAAGCUUUUUCUCCCCAACAACUUAAAACAGAUGUCUUUAGAAAUCUGUAACAUAUGGAAAGCUCAGGCCAAAGCUUUGUAUUACUUAUUUUGUAUUACUUUGGUGCCAAGGAACUAUGUUGAAGUAAGUUGAGGAGCUUCCUGUUUUGCUUUGCCGCCAUCAAUCGGCAAUCAUUAAACUUUUGGGAGGAAUGUCAAUAACUUUCUAUUCAUGACAGGGCACUGUUUCUAAACACUGCUUUUUGCCUUGAGAGUUUGCGGUCUUGUGUAAAGUGCACUAAUGUCUAUGUCAGUGACUCUUAAAGUGUGGUGGGGGUACGCAGGCUCCCUCUAGUGGUAACUGAAGAAUCACUGCCCAAGUUCAGGUCAGUUGCAUAUGAUUUAAAUAUGGGUUUAAUCUUUUAAGAACUCAUUGUUUUUAAACUUUUAUCUGAAAUACAUUUUAAUUUAAUAAUUGAAGUACAGUUCUUGUUUUCCUACAUUUAAGCAGCGUUAAUGAUAAUGUUAGAUUUGCUUACAAUAAUAUUAAAUACUAAUUAGGCCUACUACAAUAAUGUUGGUCGAGAUGGUGAUACUUGGAGAUCUAAGUAUCAUUUUAGGUGGUACUUUGUGUAAAAACUGAGAAUUACUGCUUUGUGUAACAAGGUGCCAUGUACAGUAAAUCAAAAUGACUGUCAAUGGGAUCUUUGAAUAAGGCAAAUGCUUUAUUGAUAAAAUGAUAUCUUAAUUUACCCAGGUGUAAAACCACAAUCAGAUUCACUCAUUGUUGAGUCUGCUUGGCACAGAGCUUCUGGAGGGUUUUCUGUGCAGGAAGAGAACAUCAUUUGCAACAUUGAGUGAAUGAGCGUAGCAGCUUAAAACGGAAAGUGACUGUUUACCAUGUGAAAGGCUUUGGCCUUCUGUCUGUUGUUGGUAUAAGCCUCUUGUCUGCUCUGAACUGCCUGCUGCUGCUUCACCUCCUCCAGCUGCUCGGACAGUCUGAAAGAAAAAUGCUCUGUUAAUAGAGUGGUGCCUUCACUUCCAAGGUUAAUUUGUUUCGUGGCCAAGGUCGUAACUCAUUUUACUUGAAUAUCUAACACAUUUUCCCCAUUGAAAUUAUCCACCCAAUCAUUUCCCGUACUGCUUAUCCUCACUAGGGUCGCGGACGUGCUGGAGCCUAUCCCAGCUGACUUUGGGCGAGAGGCAGGGUACACCUUGAACUGGUCGCUAGCCAAUUACAGGGCACAUAAACAAACAACCAUUCGCAUUUACAUUCAAAACUACGGGCAAUUUAGAGUCUUCAAUCAACCUACCAUGCAUGUUUUGGGGCUGUGGGAGGAAACCGGAGUCGUCGUCUUCAUUUCCUUUCGGCUUGUCCCGUUAGGGGUCGCCACAGUGUGUCAUCGUUUUCCAUGUAAGCCUAUCUCCUGCAUCCUCCUCUCGAACACCAACUGCCCUCAUGUCCUCGCUCACGACAUCCAUCAACCUUCUCUUUGGUCUUCCUCUAGCUCUCUUGGCUGGCAGCUCCAUCCUCAUCAUCCUCCUACCAAUGUAGUCACUCUCCUCUUCUGGAUGUGUCCAAACCAUCAAAGUCUGCUCUCUAACUUUGUCUCCAAAGCAUCGAACUUUGGCUGUUCCUCUGAUGAGCUCAUUUCAAAUUUUAUCUAACCUGGUCACUCCAAGAGCGAACCUCAACAUCUUCAUUUCCGUCACCUCCAGCUCUGCUUCCUGUUGUCUCUUCAGUGCCACUGUCUAUAAUCCGUACAUCAUGGCUGGAAUUGACCAGCAUGCACCUCGGUCCCCGGAGUAGGGCUUUGGCGGAGGAACAUGAGGCUCUUUGUACAGUGGCGAAAUGGAUCGGAGGCUGCGGGCUCAGAAGGAGUACUUACGGGAGGGUGGGCAGACUGCAAUUUGGAAAGUAGGGAAACUUUGUGCGUGAGAGUGGUCAAAGAUUCCAUAAUCUCCUGGAGAGGUUUAUCCUGUCUUCCUAUAUGAGCGCCUUGGUGGGUGAGUGCUUGUCUUUAAUGCCUCUGGGGUUGCUGGGUCCAUGGUGGCCAGAGUAUUCUGUCACAAUGUGAUUUUAACUGGACCCAGAAGCAGGCGGAGGCUGAAGAUGAUUUGUGCAGAAUGAGAAGGGAUUCGGCGGUGGAUCCUUGUGGCGUACUUAUGUGCAAGUAGCGAGCCGGUGUACCACGGGUGAACGUUAAUUCUCUGGCAAUGGAGUCUUUGAUCUGGCAGGCUUAAAUGCAGGUGAUGAAGGCUGAUUGACAACAGGUGCACGACCGAGGUGGUGCUGAUUACUGGGAAGAGAGAGGGCGAGAGGGGCGCAAGGCGGCACCCAAGCUCCAACAGCGGAACUGCAGGGCACAGCUCAUGACAUAUACUGUAUAUUACGUAUAUUAAACAUACAUAUAUUACAAGGAAUAAAAUGUACAUAGUGUACAGUGCUUCUGUGCAUUAUUAUAUGUUUAUGCAUUUAAAAGGUGUUGAAGAGUAUAGAAAGAGUUUAAAAGAGUAUGGUAGCGGUUAAUUGGAGUGUGGGAAAGAUAAAUAAGAGUCUGGGGAGGUUCAUAGAGCUUUAAAAAUAUGUAUACAUUUAUUUUUAAUCUGGUCAUUAUUUCGUUGACUUUACCUAUGGUGGUCCGGAACUUAACCUCUGUGAUAAACAAUGGAUUACUGUAUUCAUUACCAACCUACGUUUCUGAUUUGUUAUUAUAUAAAGAGACCUGAAAUAAUUAACUUCAAUCAAAAAUACUUUAAAUAAUGGUGUUGAUUUUAAAGAUGUUGGUUUGUCAAUGUGAAACUUUCCAAACAAAAUAUAAAGGUUGACAAUAGUCAAUACAUGAUUAAGUUUUAUCCAUGAAAUUAUAUAGGAGUUUAGAUUACUGAGGAAUGGUGGUUUUAAUAUGACUCCCCCAUUCUGUGAUAACACCCAAGGCCAGAGAAAGCGUCUGCUGAACAGUCAUAACGAAACCUGAUGUGUAUAAAAAGUAGUCAGCUCAAUAAACGAGGUGUCUCAUUCAGUGGACUUGCACUCUGGUGUACAGUUGAUUGAAUGAACCCUGAGACUCA